AUGCUGGACGCUCGGCGUACCAGGUCUUUGGAGAUCAUCAUGAGUCGCUAUGUUUAUCGACCUAGUCGGCGUGGGUUUCUCGCUGCAGGUGCUCUCACCGGUGUUGGAAUAACGCUGGCCGACUUUUUCCAGAUGCAAUCGGCACAAGCCGAGCAGAAAGACUACGGCUUCAUCGAAGCCAAAGCGAAGAGUGCAAUUCACAUUUUCCUGCCUGGUGGCAUGGCCCACCAAGAAUCGUGGGAUCCCAAGCCUUACGCCCCGAUUGAAUAUCGCGGAGAGCUUGGCGUCACCAAGACGGCCAUCCCGGGUGAGGUGUUUUGCGAGACCAUGCCCAAGACGGCUGCCAUCGCCGACAAGAUCACCGUCGUUCGUUCCAUGACACAUGGCGAAGCAGCCCACGAACGCGGCACGCACAACAUGUUCACGGGUUAUCGUCCCAGUCCUGCAUUGGUCUUCCCCAGCAUGGGCAGUGUGAUCAGCCACGAAUACGGUCCUCGCAACAACCUGCCACCGUACGUGUGUGUGCCCAAUCAGCCGAACGAAUACGCCGGCACCGGCUAUCUCAGCUCUUCAUUCGCCCCGUUUAGCCUGGGGGCCGAUCCUGCCAACAAGAACUUCACCGUUCGCGACCUCAAUCUCCCGGGAGGAGUAGACGAGUCGCGGUUCACCCGUCGUCGUACGGCACUUGAGGCAGUGAACGCUCACUUCGCCGCAAAAGAAAAGUCCGACAGCUUGGACGCGAUGAACACCUUCUACGAUCGAGCAUACAGCUUGGUCAGUUCGAAAGACGCGCGUGAGGCAUUCAACAUCAACGCCGAACCCGAUGCGAUCCGUGAUGAGUACGGUCGCAACGAAGCCGGCCAGCGAAUGUUGAUGGCCCGACGUUUGGUCGCCGCUGGUGUGCGAUUCGUGUCACUGACCUACGGCGGUUGGGACAUGCACAACAAUGUUGCCAGCGGUAUGAAACGCCUCAUGCCUGCGUUCGAUCAGGCUUAUGCCGCGUUGAUCACCGACCUUGACCGCAUGGGUCUGUUAGACGAAACGUUGGUCAUGGUCUCCAGCGAGUUUGGCCGCACGCCGAAGACCAACGGCACGAACGGUCGCGAUCACUGGCCCAAGGUGUUCAGCAUCGCACUCGCUGGAGGCGGCAUCAAGCGAGGUGCCAUUUAUGGAACUUCAAACGCGGUGGCCAGCGAGCCGGAAGACAACCCGAUCGAACCGCCGGAUAUUGCGACAACCAUCUACAACCAACUUGGAAUCGUGGCUGACAAAGAGCUGAUGGCUCCUGGCGAUCGCCCGAUCGAAAUCGUUGACGGGGGCAAGGCUCCCGCCUCAAGAGGACGUUCACGGUGGCCAGGGAUGCCACCGCAUCGUUUUCAAAACCGAGACUGCAGCUUGAAGUGGAUUCGAGCUGUGGCCCCCGCCUUAAAAGAAGUAAACCGCCAACCGCGACCCAUCCUUUUUGGUUCGUCGUUCUUACGAAUUGAAUUCAUGCGAUUCGCCCUGAACCAGAAGCAGUUGGGCCUCACGCAAACCGAACGAAGCUCGCUGAGAUUUCCACUCUGGACUUUCAGCCUGUUCACUCCGGCUUUCCUCGCUUUGAGUCUUCAACCGGCUCUCGUAUCGGCAGCCAACCCAUCGCUAGGUGCCAUCAACCCGAUUGGUGCCCAGCGCGGACAACAACUCGAGUUCACCUUCAGCGGCGAUCGACUGGGCGAUGCACAGCAAUUGCUGAUUUAUGAGCCAGGCAUCGAGGUAGUAAGCCUCGCCCCCGCUGAUGAGAAGAACGUAAAGGUCACGCUCAACAUUGCAGGCGACUGCCGCCCGGGCGAGCACGGCAUGCGGAUUCGCACGGCCACGGGGGUCAGCAACCUUCGUACGCUCAGCAUUGGGGUUCUCCCCACGGUGGCCGAGGCUGAACCGAAUAGCGAAUUCGAUGCACCUCAAGCCAUCGACCUCAACGUCACAGUGAAUGGUGUCGUCACUAACGAAGACGUCGAUUUCUACCUGGUCAACGCCACCAAGGGUCAGCGAAUUACGGCCGAGAUCGAAGGCAUCCGCCUGGGCAACACAUUCUUCGAUCCUUAUGUGGCGAUCAUGAACAAAGAUCGCUUCGAGAUCGCCAGCUCGGACGAUGCCGCCUUGGUGUAUCAAGACGGGGUGGCUUCCAUCAUCGCCCCGGAAGACGGGCCUUAUGUCGUGCAAGUCCGCGAAAGUGCCUAUGGGGGAAGUGGUGCCUGCACUUAUCGAUUGCACGUCGGUACCUUCCCUCGACCAAGAGCGGUUUAUCCUGCCGGCGGGCAAUUCGGUCAAGCGACCGAAAUCCGCUGGCUGGGCGACCCCGCGGGCGAGGUUACCGAAACGAUAACACUACCCACCGAAGCUCCUUCCAACUUCGGGCUCUUCGCUCAAGACGAUCAGGGCCUUGCGCCCUCGGCCAACGAAUUCCGGCUUAGCCCUCUCGAGAAUGUGCUCGAAGCCGAGCCCAAUAACUCUCCCGCUGAGGCGACCGCGUUCAACGCACCUUCGGCGGUAAACGGCAUCCUGGAAACGGAAGGCGACGUCGACUGCUUCAAGUUCAAGGCCACCAAAGGGCAAGUGCUUGAUAUUAGGGUUAUGGCCCGCUCGCUUCGCUCUCCGCUCGAUUCGGUGUUGAAUGUCAAUCGCAUCGGCGGAGCCGGCGUUGGCGGCAACGACGACACUGGUGGACCCGACAGUUACUUACGAUUCACCGCGCCGGAAGACGACGAAUAUGUGAUCUACAUCCGCGAUCAUCUCAAUCGUGGCGGACCAACCUUCGUCUACCGUUGCGAAGUGGCACCCGUCGAACAGCUUCUGAGCAUGGGCUUGCCCGAGCGUCAGCAGUACGUCGACACAACCGUGUCAGUUCCCAAAGGCAACCGCACGGUAUUCCUGGUGAGUGCGAAGCGAGAAAACUUCGGUGGUGAAUUGAACGUAACCAUGCCCAACCUGCCCGCAGGUGUGAACAUGGAAACGGUCACCAUGCGAGGCAAUCGAAGCGACAUUCCUGUCCUGCUCGAAGCUACGCCGGAGGCCGAGCUCGCAGGUGAAACUGUCGAUGUCGUAGGUAAAACGGUCGACGAGAACUUGAACAUCGAAGGGCACCUGGUUCAGCUCACAUCGCUCGUUCGCGGCCGCAACAACAUUCAGGUCUGGCAACAUCGAACUGAACGGAUGGGGAUGGCCGUCACCGAGGCCGUGCCGUUCAAGGUCGAGAUCGUGCAACCUAAGGUGCCGUUGGUUCGCGGUGGGAACAUGGAUCUUCGCGUGGUCGCCACUCGCGAAGAAGGCUUCACCGCCCCCAUCGCCAUUCGAAUGCUGUAUAGCCCCACGGGAACGGGCGCGAAGAAUUCUGUUUCCAUCGGCGAGGGGCAAACAGAAGCCACGAUUCCUUUGAACGCCAACGGUAACGCCGAAGUGCGAACCUGGAAGAUCGCGGUUACCGGUCAGGCCACCGUAGGAAACGGCCCCGUCUUGGUCUCCACACAGUUAGCCGACCUCGAAGUGAGUGAACCUUUCUUUUCCUUCACAUUCGAACCGGCCGCGGUAGAGAAGGGCAAGGAGACCGAUGUGGUCAUCAAGAUCACUCAAAGCAAACCAUUCGAAGGGGCCGCCAAAGUCGAAUUGCUUGGCCUGCCCAACGAAGUGACCGCCGAGCCAAUCGAGAUCACCAAAGACUCGACCGAAGGUGUGUUCCACGUGAAGACAACCGCCAACUCCCCCGCCGGCAAGCACAAGACGUUACUUUGUCGUGCCAUCGUCACGAUCAAUGACGAACCGAUCACUCACAUGAUCGGCGGUGGAGAGCUGCGGGUCGACGAGCCGCUGCCACCGAAGCCCGACGCCCCAGCGGAACCCAAACCGGAAGCGAAGCCCGAGCCGAUGCCCCCGGCCGAGAAACGCCUCAGUUAUUUGGAACAGCUACGUCUCGAUCGGAAGAAUGCCAAAGAAGCGGCCAUGAAGGCGGCAGAAGAAAAGGCUGCUGCUGAAAAGGCUGCCGCGGAGAAAGCCGCUGCAGAGAAGGCCGCUGCAGAGAAAGCCGCUGCAGAGAAAGCCGCUGCGGAGAAAGCCGCUGCCGAAAAGGCGGCUGCUGAGGAGAAACCGGCAGAGGGUUCGGAAGAGAAGCCCGCCGAAACACCUCCGGCCGAAGAACAGAAAUCUGAGUAA